GAACCAGAUAGAAAUAUUGGAACUGAAAGGUACAAUAACCAUAGUAAAACUUUCAAUGGAUGGACUUAACAGUGAAGAAACGUCAAUAGAAAUUACCCAGUCUGAACAAUAAAGAGAAAAUAGCUUGGAAAACAAACCAAAAAAUCCAAUAAAACAACUUCAGGGACCUGUAGGACUGUAACAAAAGAUCUAAUAUUCGUGUCAUCACAGAGUCCCAGAAGAUAAAAACAGUUGGAACAGAGAAAGAAUGGCUUAAAAACUCCCAAAUAUGGCAAAAGACAUAAACCUAUACAAUCAAGAAGCAGAAUGGACACAAAGAAAUCCAUGCCAUAUCAUAAUCAAACUUCUGAAAAGUAAAGAAAAAAUCUUGAAAACAGCAAGAGAGAAACAACAACACCUUAUCUAUAGGAGGGAAACAAUGCAAAUAAAGUAGAUUUCUCAUUAGAAACCAUAGAAGCCAGAAGGAAAGACAACAGCAUUUUUCAGGCCCUGAAAGAAAAGAAUUGUCAACCCAGAAUUCUAUAUUCAGCGAAAAUUAUCUCAAGAAUAAAAGGAGAAAUCAAGACAUUCUCAGGUAAAGGAUAACUGAUAUAAUUUGUUAUCAGCAGAACUAACCGAAAAAUGAAAAGGCUAAAGGAGGAUCUCUAAAUAGAAAAGAAAUAAAAGAAGGAUUCUUGGAAAGAUUAAAAAUAUGGAUACAGUAGACUUCUUUCGAACAUUUUAAAUUAUGUUUGACAGUUGAAGCAAAACUUAUAAGAGUUGGAUGUGGUUCUCUAUGUAGAGGAAAUACUUAGGGUUAUUAUAAACAGAAGAGGUUAAAGGAAGGUGAAGUUUCUACAGUCAAAACUGACAAAAUGACACCGGUGAACUAUGACAAGUAUAUGUGUGUAAUGUAAGACAGUAAGUCCUCAACAUUGUUGAUAAGUUCUGCAGCUUAAGCGAAAUGACAUACAACAAAACCAAUUUUAUCAUACAUAGGCUAACCAAUAUAAGCAAGAGUUAAGUUCCUACAGCAUCUCAUUGAUGUUAUAACAAAACCAUAUUGAAUGUAACAUUUGAGGACCCUACUGUACUUAGACACACUCAAACAAUUUAGAUAAGUCAAACUGGAAUUCUGAAAAUGUUCAAGUAGCCCACAGGAGGGCAAGAAAAAACAAAAAUGAAAAAUGGAAUAAAGUAAGUGGCAAAGCCACAAGGAAAGUUCUAGGUCUCAUCAAAUAUAUAUUAGCUUCAUUUCCCAGGUAGCAUACCCACUUCUGUGUUAUCAUAGACUCCCACAGGCACUUCUCUCAUUGCCAUUGUAACAUUCCAUUGUAAUUUUGUAUUUAUUCAUUUGCCUCUGUUUUUACCAGCCUGAGUUUCUUAAAGAUGGGAAUUGUGUUUCUAUGUUUGUAUAGCCUCAAUACUUUAUUACUCUUAAGAAUAAAUGGGUUAGGGAGAGAGAUAGGACUACAAUGGAUUUAAAGAUGUUAAAUGUAAAAAAAUCCAUGAGUCCAUAAAAAAGUCCCUGCCCCGCCCAAACCCCAAAUCAAUCCUAAUUUGUCACCAUUGGAUGUUGUUAUUGCACCAAAUUCUUAGUCUGAAAAUGGGUCAGGGAAGGAAUUCAGAAUUUAUCCUGUCUUUUUAGUAUUUCAUGUCAACCAAAUAACUGUAGUGAAUGAGGAAAAGCUCUUCUUUUCAGAAAAAUUCCAACUAAUGUAGAAGGAAUGACAGAAAAUAGCCAUUUUGUGACUCCCAAUUAAGUACUUGAUUGAGGCAAGGAUUGUCAAGGAUGCUAAAGUCAUGAGGUGAAAGGUGGAUGGAUGUGAAACUGGCUAUUUGUGUGGUGCUAGACAAUCACCUCACAUAACUCAAUGCCUCUCAGCCAGUAGUAAGUGGAUGAACACCCUGGUACAUCCACAUAGUGGAAUACUACUCGGCAAUAAAAAAGAAUGAGCUGAUAAGCAUAACAACUUGGAUGGAUCUCAAAUGCAUUAUGCUAAGAGAAAGAACCACAUCAAUGUAUGUCAACUAUGAUUGAAACAUAAUUUAAAAAAAAACAGACUCAAAAGGCUACAUAUUAAGGAUUCCAUUUAUAUGAUAAUAUGGAGAAGGCAAAAACUAGAGAGACAGAAAACAGAUCAGGGGUUGUCAGGAGGUUGGGUGGAUUACAAAGGUGUAUGGGCAAACUUUAGGGGGUGAUGGAAAUAUGUUAUCUCUUGGUUGUGGUGAUGGUUCCAUGAGUGUAUGUAUUUGUCAAAACUCACAUCCUAAAAAGUGUGCAUUUUACUCUGUAAAUUAUAUCAUAAUUUAAAUAAAAAAGAGACCAACAAAACAAAUCACCCCAUAGAUUAUUUAGGGGUCAGAAUUUUUCAAAUAUACCUUUACAAAGCGGAAGUCUGGCUUUCACAGCCUAACCCAUGAUCAGAUUCAGCCUCGCUAAAGUGGGAUAAUCAGAUAUUGGGUCCCUUCUAAUGUGAUGCAAUAUGCAGGACAGAGCAGCAUCUAGGAAGUAUCCUUGAAUACAUGUAGCCAAGCCUUUAGAUCUGAUUCCCAGUGUGCAGAAAAAACUAAGAGAAACAAGUUAACAUCUGAGGAAACAGACUGCCUUGAACAAACAGCAAUAAAAGACAUUUUGGGGACAGUUAGGGAAAUUCGAAUGUGCACGGUGUUAGAUGAUAUUAAUUUAUUGUUGACUUCACUAAGGAUGAUAAAGGUAUUGUGGUGCAGAAAGUUGCUUUUUAGAGAUGCAUGCUGAAGUGUAAGGGAUGAAGUGUCAUAUUUGUCUAAUUUACUUUAAAAUACGUCUUUAGAAAUAAUUAAUAGAUGAAGGGGGAGGAAGCAGAAAUCCUAAUAUGAAGGGGGCAGUCCAUGGGUCUGGGGCAGGAACACAGGAUGAAAUGCAAACUCCUUAGAGAGGACUGAGGCCUGACCUGACUUGACUUUUCUUGUGUGUCUGUUCUCACCUCCCAGCAUUCUCCCAGCUACACAGGCCUUCUUUGAAUGGGCCAAUUGCUUUCCUUCCUUCAGGCAUUUGGACUAGCCUUCUUUUCCACCUGGCAUGUUGUGUUGUCCCCACUCUUCUGCGGUAUCAGCCUAGAUUUCACUGCAGAGAGACCCUCCCCCACAGAACCAUCUGAUGUGGGUUCUGCUUCUAGGGCCCCUGUUUUUUGUUGCUUGGCUGCACUUCCCACGCGCAGGUGGUGAUGAUGUUUGUUUAUGUUAUGUCUGUGCGUUGAUAUUUAGGGCCAUCACAGGGUCCCCAGGGCCUGCGUUUACCGCGCACCUGCGCGCUCUCUGCGUACAUCUGCAGGUAACUCUGCAUUGAAAUGUGCCUGCUGUUUCGUGCUUGGAGUGCCGACCGUGUCACUAUCCUGGUGACUUCCCCAGCCACCGAGACAGUUGCGAAGCGGGACCGCGGACUUGACCCCAUUUCCCGCUGGCGCCAUCUCCUAGCCAGCUGACUGCCCCAAAGCCUUUCCUACACCCCGGAACCUCCAGCUCGGGGACCCCACCCUGAAGGCCUCUGCUCCUGCCUGAGGAACUACACUUCCCAGCGGAAACUAGAGCAGUGACUGCAGCUCCCAGUGUGCUCUUCGGCGUGGCUCCGCCCGCGACAGUAACUCCUAAGUGGCUGAAGUUUGGCGGGUGCAGGGAGCAGGGCCUGGCCACUCCUCACACAGAAUGCCCGAGGGACCUGAGCUGCAUCUUGCCAGCCACUUUGUGAACGAGGCAUGCAGGGGUCUGGUGUUUGGUGGGUGUGUGGAAAAGUCACCCAUCAGCCGCAACCCUGAGGUGCCCUUUGAGAGCAGCGCCUACCACAUCUCAGCCUUAGCCCGUGGCAAGGAGCUGCGCCUGACACUGAGCCCCCUGCCUGGGGCCCAACCCCUACGGGAGCCACUGGCUCUUGUCUUCCGCUUUGGCAUGUCCGGCUCCUUCCAGCUAGCCCCCAGUGAUGCACUGCCACCCCAUGCUCAUCUGCGCUUUUACACAGCUCCACCUAGCCCCAGACUUGCCCUCUGCUUUGUGGACAUCCGCCGCUUCGGCCACUGGGAGCUUGGAGGAAAGUGGCAGCCAGGGCGUGGGCCAUGUGUCUUGCUGGAGUACGAACAGUUCAGGGAGAAUGUGUUACGAAACCUAGUGGACAAGGCCUUUGAUCGGCCCAUCUGUGAGGCCCUCUUGGACCAGAGAUUCUUCAAUGGCAUUGGCAACUAUCUGCGGGCAGAGAUUCUGUACCGGCUGAAGAUACCCCCCUUCGAGAAGGCCCGCACAGUUCUGGAGGCGCUGCAGCAGCGUAGGCCGGUGAGGAUGCAGGGAGGCAGGCAUGCACCUAUUAGUGAGGACCAACAAAGGAGCCCAGAGCUGACCCUCAGCCAGAAGAUCAGGGCCAAGCUGCAGAACCCGGACCUACUGGAGCUGUGCCACUCAGUGCCCAAGGAAGUGGUCCAGCUGGGGGGCAAGGGCUAUGGGCAGGAGAGUGGAGAGGAGGACUUUGCGGCCUUUCGAGCCUGGCUGCAGUGCUAUGGCAUGGCAGGCAUGAGCUCUCUUCGGGACCGGCACGGCCGCACCAUCUGGUUCCAGGGGGAUCCUGGACCUCUGGCACCCAAAGGGGGCAGGCCCCACAAAAAGAAAUCCAAGGGAGCACAGCAGAGUCCUGAGGACAAAAUGGAGAACCCUCCACCCCCUAGCAAGGCCCCUUCCAAGACACGAAGGGCACGGAGAGGCCUUCCUGAGCAAACUACAGCCCAGCAGCCCAAGAGGACCAGCCUCCAACAGGACCCAGGAGUAUCCCCAGUCACUGAAAAAGGGAAAAGGAGGGGGCGACAAGCUUCAGGCUUCUGCAGACCCCAAAGGAUCAAGGCUGACACCUCAUCUUUGGAGACUGAGGGGACCUCCGCCUCUUAAUAGGAUCUCCUUACUUGCAUCUACCCCUUCCUGCUGCCUUGCCCUGGAUCUGGGAGCCUGUGUGUGGCUUCCUAGAAGCAGGAAGUAGUUGAGGAGAUUGGAUGCCUAUGGCCCUAUUGCUGUUACCUACACAACUAUGUUUUUAAUUUUACUCUACCUUCCCCAAUUUUUAAGCCCAUGUAAAAGAUGCUGUUUUAUUAUUCUUUUUCAUAAAUUGAUGAACUUCU